GCUUUCACCACGUUGGACUGAGCUGGAGACAUGCCCAUGGACCCGGGCCGGAUCGUCGAGGCCGCGCCGGCAGGCGCCCAUGUAUGCAUCCAUGACCCGCAUCUCUACGACUACCUCUCGACGAGCCAAGACGUUAGCUACCUACGUGCGCUGUGCCCGGCCAUCGACAAGGCGGUGAGCCACAGCCACAAGAACGAUGCCAUCAAGAUCGCCUUUGUGCCAGCCUUGUACAAGCUGUCGAUGAGCUGGUGCUACCGCGCGACGCGCUUUACACACGCUGUCGUGGCGCUCGUGACGGCCAACGCCUACAUCUCGACGCUUGGCGGUGGCUACUUCCUCUGCCGCCACUUGAACCAAGCCAAGCUCAUGGCGCAGCUCCAGAUCUGCGUCUCGCAAGGCCUCCAGGACCCCAUCUUGGCCAGCAAAUGCCGCAUCAACAUGGCGUACGGUGCGAUGGCCCAAGGCAAGUUCAAGCGCGCGUACAAGCUCUUACAGGACGAAAGCGCGACCGCCGAGGCGCUGCAGAGCGACGACCUGCGCAACGUCGUCCAUGCAGCCAACGUCUACUUGCGCAAGACAAUUGUACUCCACAAGCAGCUCUUGAAGCACGAAGAAACCGACACGACGCGCGUCGUCGACGAGUACUACCGCCAACGCGUCGUUAAGCGGUAACACAUUGGUAUAACCCAAACAGAAAGGCCAUCCUGACCAAUGCAACCACCGACGGUCGCCACAAACAUUGC